GGCAGAGCGGUUACCAUGGUGACACACCUGCCAGCAUAAAAAGAAAGUCAGCCUCCGUGCGCGCGCCGCGCUUUGUGGUGCACAAGUCCGGAGUUUUAAGCCGCAACAACCCUCGGACAGCAGCAACCAAUGCCUCUGAACUGCUCUGAUGACAACUGGACCAUCUCUGCGUUCACCUCCAAACUGACACCUGCCGCUGACAUAUGUGUGGGACUGGCCAUCCUCUCCGUCGUUCUGCUCUCUGUUCUGGGCAAUGGGCUGGUCCUGGUGAUCUGUUACCGCAGGAGGAAGAAGAUGGUGGGCUCGGAGCUGCUGUGUGUCAACCUGGCCGUGGUCGACUUCCUUUGCUGCAUCUGUUUCUACCCGCUCUCCAUCCUGUCCUCUUUCCGCCACGCGUGGGUGGGAGAAAACAUCACGUGUGUUUACUACGGCUUUGGCUGCUACGUCUUCGGACUGUGCGGCAUGUUCACCAUCACCGCCAUCAGCAUCAUCCGCUACCUGAAGACUUGCUACAGCUUGGUUUACGCUGGGUGGCUGGAAGGAGCCAACAUCUGGAUCACGUGCUGCACCAUCUGGCUGGUCGCUGCUGUGUGGUCCAGCUUCCCUCUGUUCGGCUGGGGCGAGUACGUCCCUGAGCCUUACGGGGUAUCCUGCACCAUCGCCUGGAGGGGUUACCAUACCUCAAAGAAGGACGCUUUCUACGUCAUCUGCUCCUUCACCUGCUUCACGCUGGUUCCUGUCCUCCUCAUCGUGGUGUCCCAGUGUCAGAUCCUCUACAAGGUGUCCCGCUUCUCCUACUCUCUGUCUGCACGGGGCAUCCGCAGCAACCUGAGGCACGCUGAGAAACGGCUGUCCAUGAUGUUUUUCUGUAUCAGCUUGGGUUUUGUGAUAGCCUGGGCCCCGUACGCUGUCGUGUCCUUCCUCUUCAUUUUCCACAAGGAGCACUGCUACAUGGCUCCCGAGGGCUUUGUUUUCCCCGCCCUCUUCGCCAAAAGCUCCCACAUUUACAACCCAUUCAUCUACUUCUACUUUAACAAGACUUUCCAGCGGGAGCUGCGCUGCCUGCUCCUCUCAUUCUGCCCCAAGCUGGCCGGAAACCGAGUCGGGGCCCACACCACUGCGGGCCAUCAAGCCCUGUACCCCAUCCAAAUUCAGCUCCAGGAAAUAGGGUGCAUCCGCAAGAGCAAAGGGAAAGUAACACACACCAGUGGCAAACGUGUCCACGGCAGGCCGGUGUACACCUGCUGGGGGUCUACAUCAAAGAAUACCCAGGCCAUCUUAGAAAAUAAACCUGCCAAAGGCUCCCUACCUGUCUCUAUAUGAGCUCUGUCUAUUACACUGUUUAUGCAGAGACAAGAAUCUGUGAUUUAAGGGUUAACCUGUGGAAAGCUGUCAACCAAACACUGUACCGUUUCACUGAAGACUCUCAGAAAUUAACCAGAGUCCAUGUUGCUGAUUUUGUAAAUGAACAAGCUGAUAAAUAAGAGUUUCUGUCUGGAUUUGAUGCAUCUGGGAGAAUUAGCAGCCAACUCCAGCUCCCAGUGAGUCUGCUCAGCAGCCUGCAUCCUGCUAAAGCUUUAGAUCAUUUAUACUCCUCAUAAGUAAAAAGUACAUGCAAACCAAUGCAACUGUGCAUCAUAAAUAAAGCUUUGCUGUUGGUGCUGUGUAAAUGAAUUCAUGUUUAAUGGAUGUGGUGUUAUAUUGUCAACGCACAGUAUAAUCCUCACAACUCUUUAAUCGCACAGGUGGCGUGAAUGUGGUAAUCGUUCUUAUUUCUACCAACUAUCUCAUGUGACGUAAUCAUGGCCAGACAAAGGUUCUAUUUUGGAAUUGAUCAUUCAGGUUUAUGCAGUAUUUAUGCUGUUCUGUGUUUGUGCUGUCAGUAAAUUACUGUGAAUUGUACUGUCUGUACAAUUGUUCUGUGUUAUUAAAGAAGUAUUAGUAAAUCAGCAAAGGGACCAGAAGAUUACAGAAUUAGACUCAUUUUAAAUAAAACCACACACUGUGUUUUAUCAUAUCUGUGUGAAUUUCCAUUCCCUUAAUGGGUUUUGUUGUUGUUGUCGUAAUUUCAGCCUGCAGUUGCCUUUUCUACGUUCAGCAGAUCAACUAUGAGAGUGUUUGUACUCUCUGUUAACUGCCUCAGCUACUGAACACACAGACAUAAAAAAACCCAGGAAUGAAUCCAGCUCAAAGCUAUGAUGCAAUUAACUCCUCUGCAAUUACACAGGUUCAGUGCGUGUGUUUAUGUGUGCGAGGGUGAACUGUUUGAACUCCACAUUUGUACAGUAUUUGUAAUAUUAUGUACAGGGUGGUGGCUCUGUUUUUCCAGUCCCUGUUUGUAAUAAUGACUGUCUGUCUGUUUUUAGAUAUUAACUGUUUUUAGAUUUUAGAAUAACUGGGCUGUGAAUUUAUCCUUGUUGUCAUAUUUCCUCUCCUUUGUGUUCUAAAGCCGCCCUAAAUAAUUUUUCUGACACUCAGAUUUCUUUUGUGACUUUGAAAUAAUAUUAGAAAUGUGUUUGUACAAUAUACAGAAAUGAAAAAUCCUGUGUGGACAAAACUGAUGAAAAACAAUCAUCCUGCAGCAUCAGAUCUAUG